GAGUUAGUAGCGAUGGGAUUUCCUGCAGCUUUGGCGAAGCAGGCGCUCUUGCUGUGCCAGAAUAGCGUGGAGGCUGCGGCGGACAUGCUCCUUUCAAACCCACCUCCGCUACCAGCAGAGUCAGUGGAAGCAGAAGGGGCGACGUCAGCGUUGGCGGAGCCGCUGGCGGAGCUGUUGGCCAUGGGCUUUGACGAGAUGAGAGCCAGAGGUGCUUUGUCAAUCCAUGGUUCCCUGGAAGCUGCUGCUGAGGCACUCUUGCUCGAGCAGGACGGUGCCGUGGCUGCGGAUGCAAGUUCGUCGCAACGAAACCAGUCUUCGGCUACUCCGCCAGUGGCCGUGGAAUCCGUGGAAGACCCGCCCCCUUUGGCAGCUGACACGACCGACCACGAGCCACCGCGCAAGCGCGCGCGGCGCUCUCGGCACUCCGAAAUCCAGGGAAGCGAGGGAAGGAACGAGCAUGGAGUGUCAGUGAAUGUGGAACACCCCGAUGGUGGUCUCAGUGUGGCGUCCUUGGCCGAGAAGUUCGCCUUUGGCCCGGCAGCCUUCGGGCCAAUCGCAUCGCGCAGUCCCGCGGAGGCCUCGGAUAGGACGACCUUGCUGUCCGCCAACGAUGUGGUCCGGAUGGUGGUGGCCUCCCACCCGCAAGCAGCAAAGAUGCGGGGAGAGCGCGGGCAGCAGAAGGUCACCCGCAUGCUCUCAAACUGCUUUGCGCAAGGACUCUGGACCUUCGGUCCACCGUGCUCGCCGGUGAACACGGAGGUUCGGCCGGCCUUUCGCUAUAUCAUGUCAGAGAUGCAUAAGUUGGAGCCCAAGAAUCCCAAGCGCGUGAGUAUCAUCACUACGCUGGUACAUGCCUGUGAAGACUGUCAGCAAGUACAAGCCCGGGAGAUUUUGCGGAUCUAUGGGGAUCUGACCUCUCAGAAUCAGACCUUUGAGCAACAGCUGAAGUACUCUUUGCUCAGACAGAAAGAGGUGGCCCUGAACCGCUUCAUCACGGACAAGCACAAGGGCUGCGAUCUUGAUCACACGCAAGUACAGCCACAGCAGCAGAGGCCACAUCUCUUUAGCGGGUAUGUGGCAUACAUCGGGGAGGACUUCGGCUUAGAUGGCCUGGAUGCCGCAAAGAACGACCGCUACCUGAGCCAAGUCUGGGAAGAGCUGGAGAGGAAGAAGGCCUUGAAGAAGCCGCGGCUGCUGCAGGCGCUGCAGCGUGAGAUGUCGGUCACUGAGUGGCUACAGACGUUGCUUGCGGACAUCAACAACCAGUCGGCGGAGGCCAAUCGGCUCAUAAACCGAGGCUGUAUCUUCAACUGGGUCCAGGCCAACCUCAGCAACGAAGCCGCAUAUUUGGUCUUCUGCGACGAGGAGCGCGCGGACGAGUUCAAGGGCCAGGAUCCCGAGAAACCCACCGCCGAGAAUCAGUACCAACCCUUUCUCAGUACCAAAGUUCUUGUGGAGAUGCUGGUCCAAGCGAACUUUCUCAUUGCCAAGGAUGCCUCGUCCUGA